AUGCCACCGUUUCAUGGUAUCUAUUCUUCAUCAGCUCCACAAGAUAUUGAAAUCACUAUAUGCAAUUCGUCGACGGAGAAUCGCACGACCAAGUAUAAAGUUUCUCAAACAUCACCAUGGCAUCAUCCUUCACUCCCAGAAAUUCGGCCAUUCUCUCUUGAUCUACAUAUCCUAAUCGACGAUAAGCAAAAUCUUCGGUACUACAUCCUAUUACCUCCACCAAACCAGGAUCCAUUCAAUACUUCUCAUUUGCCAACCGUAUCUAGUGUCAUGCCAAUACGUCGUUACUCAGGCAAGGCUGUCAUCGAAAAAGUCCACAAUGCUUUCGGGAUUCAAAAGUUAAGGGAUUUUACAAGUGGAUUAUGUUAUACCAUUCUCACAGCUCGUUUUGCACCUAAUGUUGCCAACAGAGUUACCGCUCCCUCCAUAGCCAUUUCUCCAAAGCCAAAAAAGACAACGCCGUACAUCAUAAGACCGGCCAUUGAGCUACCUCGAAUAUUAGCCAGUGGUGAUAUAUACCCUCUCGAAUACGGAUCUCACUCUCUUCAUGUUACAACCCACGAAAUGCAAUUCACAAAAGUUUGCAGUGAAAUCUAUGGCUGGUACAUGUAUAGCUGGCCUUGGCUUUUGAAUGGUGGUGCGCAGAAAUCUGUACCUCAACAAUGUCGUUGGAGAAAUGGAGGAUGGUUACUUGAUCAACAUAUUAAACAAUUUUAUUGUCCUAAUGGAUUGUCGUUCGCAGCGUUUUCAGGUGAUUGGGAUGUAACAACUUAUCAGUCCAGCGAUAAGCCAAUCAUUUCUGCGGACCCAAAUGAUUACAUUGAAGGGUCAUGGAUCAUAGAUGGCCUUUACAAAAGAGCUCGCAUUGCACUUCGCCGUAAGUAUUUGAUGGAAUUUCCCUGGUUCGAACUCUCAAGCUUAAAGCGCAAAGUUGAAUAUGAUAUUGGAUUUUUGCAUAUGGCAUGGCAGUUGGCAGGAUAUCCAUAUAUGCAAAGUAAUAAUGAGGAGAAUAUCCACGUCGAAACAUUGCAAGAUAAGGAUAUAAUACAAUUUCAUAAUGCGGAUAUGUAUGAUUUGGUGGGGUAUUGGCCAGAGGAGGAUGAGGCUAUAGGAAAGCAAGGAAGAUUGCAGAAGAGGAUAGAAAAGAAACGUCCACAUAUUAAUGUGGAUUUUGAUGCUAUGCCUCAAAGUUGGAGGAAGUUAAUGAGCCUUGAUGAAUAG